AAAAAUCGCUCACGCCAUAGUCUAAAGCGCAGUCGGAGACCCAUGGUACAGACGUCCGAGUUUCUGACAUAAAUUAGCGUCCCAGAAAGAGAUAUAAUCGAGGAGAGGACUCUAGGCUUUUCGGCAUUCGCUCUACUUUUUCAUUCCAGACCUAUCUCCUUCCUGGUCCUGAUCACCACCCCGUUCUUCACUUGCUCGUCGUCUGCUAGUCGACCAUGUUGACGAUUACCAACGUUACUUGGUUGUACCUAUGUCUUGCUGGUAUCGGAGUGUAUCUGGUGAAGCAGGUAUUUACUGAGAACAAUCCUGCACCAUAUCCCCCUGGACCCCUGGGGCUGCCUCUCGUUGGAAACGUCCAAGACAUACCUCAUGUCAAGCCCUGGCUCACCUUCGCCGAGUGGGGUAAGAAGUAUGGUCCUAUUUCGCAUGUCAAUGUUUUGGGUCAGCACAUCUUUGUGCUAAACUCUCUCAAGACUACGAUGGAAAUGCUGGACAAGAAGAGCACUGUGUACUCCGACCGUCCUGUUGUUCCUAUGAGUGGCGAACUUAUGGGCUAUAAGCACACUUUGGGUUAUCUCCGUUAUGGUGAACGUUUACGUCUGUACCGCAAGAAUUUCCAUCGCAUCAUUGGCAGCCGCGCUGCCUUGGCUGUCUACAACCCGAUCGAGGAGAUCGAGACCCACCGAUUCCUGAAGUGCGUACUCGCGAAACCUGACCAACUGCAAGGACAUAUUCGACACACCGCUGGCGCUAUCAUCCUGCGCAUCUCCUAUGGUUAUGAAGUAAAGGAGGAAAAUGAUCCCUUCGUUUUCCUUGCAGAACGCGCGUUGGACCAAUUCUCGCGGUUCAGUAUUACUGGCGAUUUCAUGGUUGACUUCUUGCCAUGCUUGGCCAAGGUCCCUGAAUGGUUCCCUGGUGCUGGCUUCAAGCGCAUUGCUCGUGAAUGUCGUGAAACACUCGAAGAGAUGGCUGCUGCACCCUACAAGUUCGCCAAGGAUCAGAUGGCUGCUGGCAUUGCCCUCAAGUCUUUCACCUUGGAUCUAUUGGAUGGCCGUACUUUGUCUGCAGAAGAGGAUCACAUUGUGAAGUGGUCUGCUGUAUCCCUAUACGGCGGCGGUGCCGACACGUCUGUUUCUGCAAUCUAUUCGUUUUUUCUGGCUAUGACACUUUUCCCCGAUGUGCAGAAGAAGGCCCAGGCUGAAAUUGAUGCUGUUGUUGGUCCUGAUCGUCUUCCCUCCUUCGCCGACCGGGCCUCUCUCCCCUACACCGAGGCGCUUGCCAAGGAAGUCCUUCGCUGGAAUGUUGUCGUUGCUAGCGCUGACCACAGCACCACCGAGGACGACAUCCAUAACGGGUACUACAUUCCCAAAGGCUCCUUGAUAAUCCCUAACAUAUGGUUCAUGCUCAAUGAUCCGCAGACAUAUGCCAACCCCUCAGAAUUCAACCCUGAGCGCUUUUUCGCCAAGGAUGGAAAGGAGCCUGAGACUGACCCUCGCACGAUGUGCUUCGGUUUUGGUAGACGUAUCUGCCCAGGUCAGCACCUCGCGGAUGCUUCCAUCUGGAUAUCCACCGCGAUGUCACUUGCCGUGUUUGAUAUUUCCAAGGUUGUCGAGAACGGCGUAGAGAUCACCCCUGAAGUUGACCAUUCAUCUGGUUUUAUCAGCCACCCCAAGCCCUUCAAGUGCUCGAUUAAGCCUCGUUCUGACAAAGCUCUUGGGCUCGUUCAGCAAGAUGUUAAGCAUUGCUGACCAGUGGUUGUCCCACCUCGUUACACAUCUAAGGUCAAACCAAACCAGAAGAUGAAAGGUGGAUCUCCUUACGUGACCUCGUAGUCAAUAAUUUGCAGGGAAUUAUAAUAAUGAAAAACUAUACCUCGCUGGGCUGCAUCAUCGUACUUAAUCCAAUCGUGAAAUGUAACUUCUGCUCAUAUUUUCUAGAUUCUUAUCAAUGCG